UGUAAACUCAUUCUUUUUGUACAAGUUUAAAGGGGCUUGCUUUGUUCUCCUUUAGAAAUCUUUUCAGACAGACCACAAGGGAUUUUGGAUAAAGAUUAAAUCUCAUUUAACAAAUCACCUAGUCAGUGUGUGUUUUUGUACCUUUUGAUUCAUUUAUAAAUACAUAUUUCUGUUUCUAUUAAGUUUCAAAAAUGGAGGGAAAGCAAAGUAUGAUUAGUUUACUAUAUCUCCAAUGAUUGAUUGAGCUUUGCAUAAAGAAAAAUCAAAACUUGCCUUGGGUUAACAAUUCCUUUUUCUUUAUUCCAAGUGUGAGAGUGAGUUGGAGUCAUACAAAAUGAAGUUUAUGAACAACAGCAACAACACAACAGUCAACAAUGACAACAACACAAACAACAACUGGUUGGGCUUCUCUCUUUCUCCUCAUAUAAACACAAAUCCCACAACUUCAACCAUGGAAGGCUCUCCACUUCCUCCUCCUUCUUCUUCAAACCCCACAACUUAUUUUAAUCUUCCAUCUCAUUUCAACUACACAAACAUGUAUGGAGUUGAAGGUGAAAAUGGCAAUGGGAUUUACACUGCUUUUCCCAUCAUGCCCUUGAAGUCUGAUGGUUCCCUUUGUUUGAUGGAAGCCAUCACAAGAUCACAAUCACAAGGAAUGGUUACUUCAGCUCCACCAAAACUUGAGAAUUUUUUUGGUGGUGUAACAAUGGGGACCCCUGACUUUGACAGAGGGGGUGGAGCUACAAUGGGUCUUGGUUUAGAUAGCAGUACAAUGUACUACAACCAAAAUCUUGAUCAUCAAGAGACUCUACAACACAACUACAGGCAUCAACAAAACUAUCCAGAUUACUCUAGUUUCAAACCUAUGUACCAAAGUGUACAACAAGAAGUCAAGGAGGAUCAUCUUUCUACAGAUAACCUUCAUCUACCAACUAUUGGUGAAGAUGAUGACAUCACUGGCAUGAAGAACUGGAUUUCAAGAAACUAUCAUACUGGUGUCAGUGGUGAUCAUGGUGGUGGUUAUGGAGAUCUACAGUCACUUAGCUUGUCAAUGAGCUUUGGUUGUUCACAACCAUCCCCAUGUGUGACUGCAUCACCACGGCAGGAAGUUGUACCUGCUGCUAAUGUCACUGACUGUGUGGUUAUGGAUACAAAGAAAAGAGGGUCUGAGAAAGUUGACCAACAAAAGCAAAUUGUUCAUAGGAAAUCUUUGGAUACGUUUGGUCAAAGAACCUCUCAGUAUAGAGGUGUUACCAGGCAUAGAUGGACUGGUAGAUAUGAAGCACAUUUGUGGGAUAACAGCUGCAAAAAAGAAGGCCAAAGCAGGAAGGGAAGACAAGUUUAUCUGGGUGGUUAUGAUAUGGAAGAGAAAGCUGCUAGAGCUUAUGAUUUAGCUGCACUCAAGUAUUGGGGUCCUGCAACUCACAUCAAUUUUCCAUUGGAGAACUAUGAGCAAGAAAUUGUGGAAAUGAAGAACAUGUCUAGACAAGAAUAUGUAGCUCACUUGAGAAGGAGAAGCAGUGGUUUCUCUAGGGGAGCCUCAGUCUAUAGAGGAGUAACAAGACACCAUCAACAUGGCCGAUGGCAAGCGCGGAUAGGCCGUGUGGCGGGGAACAAGGAUCUUUACUUAGGCACAUUUAGCACCCAAGAAGAAGCUGCUGAGGCUUAUGAUGUGGCUGCCAUUAAAUUUCGAGGCGUUAAUGCAGUUACAAAUUUCGACAUUUCAAGGUAUAACGUCGAAAAGAUCAUGGCGAGUAAUACCCUUUUAGCCGGUGAACUAGCUAGGAGAACCAAAGAAGUAGACACCACAACCACAAAUGAGCUCUUAUCAGACCAACUACUAGCACAUAAUAGUGAACCCAAGACUAUAUUAAGUGAUCCCACCGCGGACAUGAACAUGUUGGAUUGGAAAAUGACACUCUAUGAUCAAAACCGGACCAGGCCUGCAGGGCUCGAGGGGGAUGAUCACUCCUCUAAACUUGGACCACAUUUAUCAAAUACUUCUUCUUUGGUGACUAGUUUGAGCAGCUCCAGAGAACAUAGCCCAGAUAGAAACAACAAUCUCCCAAUGGUUCUUGAAACUCCAACAUCGUCUGGUUCUAGGUUUCUUGGUAAUCCAUCUGGAAACACAUGGGUUCCAACAGCAGUAACAGCAACCCAAAUGAGGUCUCAUAUACCAGUAUUUGCUGCAUGGACAGAUGCAUGAUGAUCGAAUCACACCAAACUUUAAAGGAAAGCGUGGGGGUCUCUUUGUUUUUCUCUAUAUAUCUUUUAAUUACUCUAGUUAAAUAUGUAUUCAUUUUGAAUUGGGAAGGGGUAAAUUUAGUUCUUUAUGGAGAAUGUGAACUUUAUGUCCACAAAGCUUCCAAAUUUUCUAACUCUACGUACAAGAUCUUAUUUAUUCCAAUGUAGUUUCUUUUUCGUA